ACCGAGGCGGGGACAAUUAUCCCGCGACAACCAUUCCAUUAGUUGCACCGUCGCUCAAAUCUAUCGCGAGAGACACUAUCUAAAGGCUGUAGCCUCUCCACGGCCAUUCUGUGAAUGAAGAGGGCGUUUUGACAAGAGCUGGACAUGAAUUUUGUACCUUCACCGUUUCUUACCCUAAACGGGGCCCGGUCUUUUGCAUCCGGUUUCCCCGCUCCGGUUUUUAAACCUGGAUUUGGAAUGUGCGGCAGUAAUUUUUCUUUUAAACAGUUCCUUCACGGAAAGGAUUUUGAUUUACGUGACAAUUCUCUCCAGGGACAUCUUCCAUCGCCGGUGUCACUCUACCUGUCGCCAUUUUUACCUUCGACUUUUAGCACGAGCUUCAAAGAUGUGUCGUCUGCUCCGUCUUGGAAACCCCAUUUAUCAUCAACAGACGACAAUGAGCGGGAUAAAUUGGCGCCGAGUCGAAGUGAUAAGACAGAAACCUCCGACUGUGAAGUGGACAGCACUGUUGAUAAACUGGACAAUUCAUCUCUCCUUGCUAACAGGAGGAAGAAAAAGCGAAGGCACAGAACUAUCUUCACAAGUCAGCAGCUUGAUGAACUAGAGAAGGCUUUUAAAGAGGCUCAUUAUCCUGAUGUGUACGCACGAGAAGUCCUUGCUAUGAAGACAGAUCUCCCGGAAGAUCGGAUACAGGUCUGGUUUCAAAAUCGUCGUGCAAAAUGGCGGAAAGCGGAGAAGACGUGGGGACGAAGCAGUAUAAUGGCGGAGUACGGGCUGUAUGGAGCGAUGGUCAGACACUCACUUCCGCUUCCGGAAACCAUUGCAAAAGCUGCUGAUGAAGGAACACUGGACACGUGCGCUCCUUGGCUUAUAAGUAUGCACCGGAAGUGCAAUGACGCUGCCAGGAGUUUUCAGUCGGAUGAAAAGGAUUCCAACCAAGAGACCCCAGAUUCUACCGACGCUAUAAAGACAAAGGGCAGUCCCGACCCCCGGGUUGACGUGGAGCUGGGGUUGAAUCCUGACCCUCGCACAGACAGUAUCAACGCCUUACGGGCCAAGGCACAGGAGCAUAGUGCCAAGCUGUUCAGGACUUUCUCCACAGGCACUGAUACGGAGAAAUGAUUUUAUACUAUAAGAAACAAUUUCUUCUUGGUGGUCCAAUGUUUUAGGAGAUACCUUGUCGGGGCCAUGACACAGUGUCAGUUGGAGCAUCAGACAAGAAUCGAUAAUUGAGAAGAAGAAACGGAACUGUCGAGUGUUUUGCUGGUAACACAGUGAAUAUGCCAUAUUAUAUAUUCAAUGUCACUUAUUUAUGCUGAGAAAAAUAGCAUAUGGCUGAAGAACAUUCCAAGAAACGUUCUGCGCUUAUCACGACUGAGACAAAACAUACAUGUAUAUUAUUGUAAAGCUGUUGAGUGAAGAACGGUGUAUACCCUGUACAGGGUGUCGACAAGGACUAAACCAGAAAGCAAACGAUCAGUGAAAUCUGAUAAGAAUUCGUCCAAAAAGCAUUAGGCAUUCUUAAAGAUUACCGACGCUGUUCCCCUGGAUUAUCUUUCCAGAGGCUAUAUGCAGCAUUUGGGAAUGAUUAGCAUCGAGAUUCAUAAAUGAACUCGUGUCAGGAUUUAUAAAUUCUAUCCAUGAUCAAAUUGAUUACGCUGUGAUGUAACACGUUCGUGGUAAACAACAGAUUGUCACAGCAACUUUUCAGAUUUUCCCUUUGAUAGGAUAUUAUUGACAUGAUUUUGAUGGGAUUAAUACUGGUGCAUCGUGUGUAACUGUAAAUAACACCAUACUGUUAUUCAUCUGUUUGGCUGGACGGUGUGUCGUUCCGGACUAAAAAGGUAAAAUUGGGUUUAACGUCGCGUCCAAGAUUAUUGCACUUAUAUAGCGACGUGCAUGUACGUGUGUGUGAUGCUGCUUGUACUA